UCUGCUGACUGAGUGGGAGGAUCACACUGGGAGACUAAUAAGGACAGAGCUCUUCUACCCUCUCCCACUCUUGGGGAGUCUGAAUCCAGCUAAAUUCAGCACUUGCAGCCUUGUAUCAUUUUGACUGUGGGAUUUAUUCCAACAGAUUAAAGCAGUUUUUGGAAAAUUGACUCAGCACAUUAAGGACAGCCCAGCUGAUUUCACCAGGAGAGUGCUAUCUCCCAAAGAUCUUGUUAAUUCCAGGAGUUGGAUUUAUUCUCAGCAUAUAAAGGAUAUCCCAGCUGAUGAAAACAAGGGACUGCUCUUUCCCACCAACCACUCUGAUAUUCUUAAUGACUGUCUCAUCUUUAAAAGCCAGAGUACAGAUUAUUUUGGAAGCUGGGCCACAUGAUUGGUAUAAAAAUGAAGAACAUUUUACCUUGGAUCAUUUGUGUUGCUAUGGAAAUUAUGUUCCCUGUUUCAUUUUCUAUGGCAGUUACCAAUAAAACAGUGUGCCCUGUUCUAAGAAUACAUGGAUCUGAAACUAGACAAGUUUAUAAAGAAAAUCUGGACAUGUCAGGAUAUGACCUCGCUGAGCAGUUUUCUCUGAGAAAGACAUCCUGUGGUGGCGAAAAGACAUGUUUUAAGCUAGGAAGCACUCCUCUGAUCAAAGACACACAACAAGUAUUUUCUUCUGGACUCCCAGAUGAAUACUCAAUAACUGCCAUUUUCCGUGUAAGACGGAAUACAAAAAAGGAACGUUGGAUUUUGUUGAAAACAUUGAACCAUGUGGGUACUCUGCAGGAUUCCAUUCUAAUUGAUGGCGAGAAGAAAGUUGUGGAGUUUACAGCUAAACAUGGCGGAGGAUCCACCUUAAAUUACACGUUCAAAAGUCGUGAGCUUCAUCCUCUUUUUGAUCGACAAUGGCAUAAGCUUGGAAUUUCCAUACAACAGAGUAUAGUUUCACUUUAUGUAGACUGCAAGUUGAUUGAAAGAAGACAGAUUGCUAAAAUAGACCAUAUUGACUUUCAAGGACGUUUAGUGAUUGUAGGACGGGCUUCUGAUGACAAACCAGUUGAUAUUGAACUUCAGCGUAUAACAAUUUACUGCAGUCCAAAACAAGCGGCUCAAGAAAACUGCUGUGAGGUAUCUGAUGGAAUGUGUGAUAACCAAAGAAACCUACAGGGUUCUGUUUCCUCAUCUGUUGGCAAGAUACACUCCUUUCAGAACACAGAUGCGGUAUCUGAAGAUAAAUGCUACUGCUCACCAAAUAAGGGUGAAGCAGGAUUGCCAGGAUCCACAGGUUUGCCAGGUGAAAAAGGUGAACACGGUGUACAGGGUGGAAAGGGAAGCAAAGGGGAAAAUGGGGUUCCAGGAGAAACUGGGGAAAAGGUAGCCCAACUCUUUUUGGAUGUGAGGCACAAUCUUUCUGUUGCACUCCUAACCCUAACACAAAGCCACCAGUCAGGCAGAGACUAUCCAGGAAGCAGUUUACACAAGGAAAAGAGGACCCAACUCUACCAGGGAGAAAAAGGUUUUGAUGGACUUCCUGGCCCAAAUGGUCCCAAGGGGGAACAUGGGCUUGAUGGUGGUAAAGGUGAAAAGGGAGACAUGGGCGAUAAGGGGGAGAAAGGAGAAAUUGGUCAUACUGGUUUACAUGGAGAAAAUGGUUUGGAUGGUAAACCAGGCCUUUCAGGUCCAACAGGCCCUAAGGGAGAAAAGGGUGAAAUUGGACCACCUGGGCCAGCAUCAUUGCCUAUUAUUGCAGCUGGAAUAAAAGGAGAUUUGGGAGAAGCUGGCCCUGAAGGUCCCCCUGGAAAGGAAGGACAAAGAGGAAGACGAGGAAAAGCAGGACCACCUGGCAAAGCCGGCCCACCUGGACUUCCUGGUUUACAAGGACAUGAUGGACUUUCUGGCCAAAAAGGAGAUAAGGGAGACGCUGGUCCAAGAGGAUUGCCGGGCCUGCCAGGAUUGAUCGGCUCUGACUCAAAAGGAGAAAAAGGUGACCCUGGUGAAACCGGACAUCGAGGAUUACCAGGAUUCCCUGGAGCUCCUGGUAUUCAGGGGCCAAAAGGGGACUCUGGAUCUACUGGACCACAAGGUGCACCAGGAGAUGCAGGGUUACCGGGAGAACAUGGUAUUCCUGGAAAGCAGGGCACUAAAGGGGAAAAGGGGGAGUCCGGUGGUGACAUUGGACCUCCUGGACUCCCAGGUCCCAAAGGGGAUCAAGGAACAACUGGUUUUGGAUUACAGGGAGAACCAGGACCAAGUGGAAUACCUGGUGUGCCUGGUCCACGUGGCCCCAAGGGAGAAAGAGGUUUGCCUGGUGUUCAAGGACAACCCGGAGAACCGGGAUUAUCUGGAACAGGAACAGAAGGUCCUGAAGGCCCUAUAGGUCCACGAGGAAUUCCAGGUAUCCAGGGUUUUCAAGGACUUACAGGACUACCAGGACCCCCAGGUGCACAAGGUGUCUCAGGCAGAGAUGGAAGACCCGGACUCCCAGGUCCUCCAGGUGACCCAGUUGCCCUUCCUCUACUUGGUGAUAUUGGAGCUGUUCUGAAGAAUGUGUGCGGUCAAUGUCAUGUUGGAGGACCUGGCACUGCAGGCAUUAAAGGAGAGAAAGGAGAAGCAGGUAUUCCUGGUCAUGACGGUCAUAAGGGUGACCCUGGCCUACGAGGACCUGCUGGGAUACCUGGUAAAGAAGGUCCAAAGGGUAUUAAAGGUGAACGCGGCUUCCCUGGCCUGUCUGGAGAGAAGGGUGACCAGGGCGAUCCUGGCAUUCCUGGGGUAUCUGGCACUACAGGACACCCUGGCCCUCCAGGCCAAUUUGGGAGACCUGGACAUCCAGGACCUGGGGGGCCUAAAGGAGAUAAGGGCAAUGAAGGUCCUCCUGGAAGACCCGGGCCUCCAGGACCCCCGGGUACACCACUUACUGAAGGAAAUGGGAUGGGCAGCCUAUAUAUGUUCAAGGGCACUGCCGCUGCUGUUACCUCUGGACCACCUGGCCCUCCGGGUCCAAAAGGUGAUCAAGGUCCUAUGGGAGAAUCUGGUCCUAUGGGACUGCCGGGACUGGAAGGUCUCCCAGGGGAAAAGGGAGAUCGAGGACAAAUUGGUCCACCGGGAAUUGCCGGAAUACCAGGAAAGAAUGGUGCUCCAGGUCCUUCAGGAAUUCCAGGUGAACCGGGCGAGCGAGGACCAGUAGGAGAUAUUGGCUUUCCUGGACCUGAAGGUCCUCCAGGGCCACCGGGAAGAAACGGAAAUGAUGGAUUACCAGGUUCAGCGGGAAACCCAGGGCGACCAGGUGACAGAGGACCAAAGGGAGAACGUGGUGAUCCAGGUAUACCAGGAGACCAAGGUCCAAGAGGAAAAACAGGUUCACCGGGUGAAAAGGGGGAUAUGGGACCUGUUGGACCACAUGGAAACAGAGGUUACCCUGGUCAACCCGGAAAUGAUGGUCAUCCAGGUCCACCAGGUGCACCAGGAAUAUUGACACAGAAUAUUUCAUUUGAAGAAAUGAAAAAAUAUAUUAAACAAGAAGUUUUACGAAUAUUUGAAGAAAGAAUGAGUGAUUUCCUCUCCCAACUAAAAACUCCAGCGGCAUUAUUAGCUGCCCAAGGUAAACCAGGCCCACCUGGAAAUGAUGGCCUUCCCGGCCCACCUGGAGAUCCCGGGCCACCUGGCCCCCAAGGUUUACGAGGACAGAAAGGUGAGAGAGGUGAAUUCGGAAUUGGUCUUCAAGGGAGCCCCGGCCCCACAGGACCAACAGGUGAACAAGGUCCUACAGGCACUCAAGGACCUCCUGGGCCACCUGGCACAGGUGGAAGGUGUAACCCAACAGAUUGCUACUAUCCCACCGCCCAUGGGCGAGCAAGAUUGAAUGGAAAAUAAGAGUGACUUUAUCUGAUGAAGAUAACUGAACUGCCUACACAUUGAAGAUGUGGAGGACCGAUCGUGCAAUGCUGUCCAUGCACUGCUGAGUGGGCAAUGAGACCCAAUGCAGACAUAAAGUGUGCCAACAUUGUGGUGCUACAACUGCCUCAAAGGAGUUUCUAUAUUUUAUAAGACCCUUUUCCACUUUCAUUGGCAGGCUCAUCUGCUAUUUUAUUUUGCCAUGGAGCAAUGCCAACCAAGUCUGCCACUUAGAGAAAUUUUGUUUUUGGGAAGUGCCCAAUAUUACAGCAGUACCUAAAGGCAGAUUAUAUUAACAUCAGUAAAAAAAAUACUUCUUACUGACAUGCAUAUUUUCUAGCUUUUUUAUUUUUGAAAUUAAACAGAAAAGAUAUUCAGAUGAAACAUGGCGUACAUUAAACGGCUUCCAUGUGUUGUCUUUAGCAUGGAUAUACUGUACUUUGUUAAAGGUUAUUAUUGUCUUCACUUGAGCCAUAUUGUAUGAAAACGACACUACAACACUCGACUACAAUUCUCCAGCUUCUGUCAUUGCACAGCCAAAGUCUUUAGAGGAUUUUUUCUUAGCCACUAAUUUUAUUUUCACUAAAAUGUAUUCUUUGUCAUUCAUCACAGGCAACAUACAGGACCCUUGUGAUAUUUUGUAUGCAUCUAAUGAAUCUAGAUUUUGUAUUUGUAUGUUAACAACAGAAUUUUGCAGCUACAAAAUGCCACUCUUUUCUUAGCUACAAAACACUGGAACAAAAGGCAACAAAAAUAAUAAACAAUGAUAUGGUAUGGUAUCACCAAAGUUCAAAAUAUAUUUGCACAUAACUGUUUCACUGACUUAUCUAUCAGUUUUAUUUUACAUUGAUUUUUAAAUUUGACAUUU